AUGGAGCGCUCGCAGAGCCGCCUCAGCCUGUCCGCCUCCUUCGAGGCGCUCGCCAUCUACUUCCCGUGCAUGAACUCCUUCGACGACGAGGACGCGGGGGACAGCCGGAGGCUGAAGGGGGCCAUCCAGAGGAGCACGGAGACCGGCCUGGCAGUGGAGAUGCCCAGCCGGACACUGCGCCAGGCCAGCCACGAGUCUAUCGAGGACAGCAUGAAUAGCUACGGCUCCGAGGGCAACCUUAACUAUGGGGGAGUUUGCCUGGCGUCAGACGCGCAGUUCAGUGACUUCCUCGGCAGCAUGGGGCCAGCACAGUUCGUGGGUCGCCAGACCCUGGCCACCACGCCGAUGGGGGACGUGGAGAUCGGCUUGCAGGAGCGGAAUGGCCAGCUGGAAGUGGACAUCAUCCAGGCUCGGGGACUGACGGCCAAGCCAGGCUCCAAGACACUGCCAGCGGCCUACAUCAAGGCCUACUUGCUGGAGAACGGCGUCUGCAUUGCCAAGAAGAAGACCAAAGUUGCUCGCAAGUCGCUGGACCCGCUGUAUAACCAGGUGCUGCUGUUUCCUGAGAGUCCCCAGGGCAAAGUCCUGCAGGUGAUCGUGUGGGGGAACUAUGGGCGCAUGGAGCGGAAGCAGUUCAUGGGUGUGGCCCGAGUGCUACUGGAGGAGCUGGACUUGACCACCCUGGCCGUGGGCUGGUACAAGCUCUUCCCCACCUCCUCCAUGGUGGACCCAGCUGCGGGCCCCCUGCUCCGGCAGGCGUCCCAGUUGUCCCUCGAGAGCACCGUGGGCCCCUGUGGCGAGCGAUCUUAGGGCCGGGGUGGGGAGGGGCUCCCCAAGAAGGCCUGGAGAAUGCCCAGCCCCAACCUGGGACCCCAGGCCCAGGGGCACAUUGAACAGAGGAGGAUGGGGUUCUCCCCCACAGUGGGGAAGCAGAACGGGGAGACCUGACCCCCAGGACCCCUCCUCACCCCCUUUUUGCCUCCUACCCCCUAAGACCUUCCCUCUCCCAACGGGAUUGGCUGCACUUUUGACUUGGCCGGUUCUUGACCUGGUGGAUGUGGCUGCAAUCCGGAGAAAGGAAAGACUGAGGUGGCAGAGCAUACCAUCCUCCUGUCCCAGACACUGUCCGACUGCUCCCCCUUUUUGCCUCCUCGGAAGCUCGCUGCCCGGAGCCAAGUCCAGAACCCAGCGGCCAUCUCCAUGGUGCCAAUUACCAGCAAGUGUCUUUCCUGCGGCACCGGGUUCAGGCAGCUACUCCUGCCCCAGAGCUGAUGGGGCAGCUUUGCAAGGAUCCGGAGCCAGCUCCGGGGGGUCCAGAGCCUCCCACAUGAUGAGGAGCUCGGCCUCCCUCCGCCUGCCCGUGGAAGGAGCUUUGCCGCAGCCUGUCCGAGUCCAUCUGUCUGUCCCUUCCUGCCUGCCCCUCUUCCGGUGGCUCUAGGAAUUGGGGUCCAGCAGGGGCCAAAGGAGAGGAGGCGGUGCCCUGGACCUGGCACAGACCCCCAGGGUGCCUAGCUCCGUGGGAUUGCAACGAGAUAGUGUGGAAAUGGACUGGAAAGAACUGGGUCGUCUGUGUUUUGGUGAAGGAGCCACGGGACCCUGAUUUUCGAGAACCCCAAGUCCAGGGAGCUCACCGUCUCUGAAUUUGGGGGCGCUGGAUUGGAGAGGGAGUCUAAGCAAAGUUGGGGUUGGGACCAGUGGUGCCAAGGCAAGGGUUUCCCAUAUAGGAGAAUCCCUCCUCGUUGGGUGAGGUCAAAGGUCUUCUUGUCUACCCCUCUGCCUCCAGGCUAGGGGUCUGGGGAGGCAACAGAGCUUCCCUAUUUUAGUCUUUUUAAACAAACCAUCCUGUACUAAGGGCAGAACCCACUGCCCCUGCCUCAACUACCUUGGCUCAUGAGUGUAAGAAUCAGGAGAUUCCUUCUCAAGCAAGCCUGGGUAGCUGCCUUCCUGGCCCGGCCCUCCCCGAGGCCCACGGAAGCCCUUUUGCAUGCUGGGAGGACACAGGCUGGCCCCUCUUUAUAGAAGCACAUUUCUGCCACCUCCCCUGGGAGGCACCCAGCAGCCCACCACCCCUCAUUACCCAGUCCCUGCUGUGUAGGGCGUAGUCCAGUUUAGCUGGGUAGAGUUAGCGUUCCAAGCCCUGGGGCCUCUUCUUAGCUUGCAUAUAGUCUUUACAGAGUUCCAGGAUGGGUAGAGAGGAGGCACACCAGAACAUUCCAGGAGGCGGCUGUCUCCUCACUGGUCUGGGCCUGAGCCUGGAGCCUGAUUCAUGGGAGGCCAGCCCUUCUUCUUCCUCUUCUCGCUCCUCCUCCUCCCUCCCCACCCCUCUGACCCGGUUGUAGCUGGAGCUGCCCCUUAUACUCAGAUGUUCUGACGUCUUAUCCUUGGUACUGGUUUUAUUUGUGAAGCACUCCUGAGGGUUGUGGGCCUUGGUGAAGAGGCCUGGGCUCCAUUGGAGGAGGUCAUUUUCCACCGAGGAUGCCCAGCUGUGUUCAGCCCUGCCUUGUCCUUGGCCUCACUCUAGGCUAUUGAUCUGGCAAUUUCUUCCACCUGGAAUCCCUCUCCUCCUCUAUCCUUCCCUCCCCUCCCCUCUGCCUCCUUAAGCCCUGGGGAGCCUUUAAAGUCCCGGAUGAGUUAUAUCGCCUCCAUAGAGCUUCCCAUGCUGCACUGGGAAGGGGAGACAGAGAUGCCCCUUUCUUUUAUCGAUGAGCUCUUCCGAGCUUCCUGGGAUUGUGCUGGGUGGAAUCCCAAGGCUGGGGCAGGAGGCAGCAGGGCUCUGGGUGGCCUCUAAUCUGAGGCCCAGAAUCAGCCCCUCCCCUGUUUGUUUUUUUAACCAGUGUGAUUUCUCUGCUGUUCGUUUAUUACUCACCAUUUGGAAUAUUUUGAGCCAGGAGAGCGCCUUCUCUCUCCAGCCGUCACUGCUCUGGUUGUUCAGGGGUAGCUUUUCAAAGACGGGGCAGAGCCAGGCUGUCCCAAACAGAGGGAGAGAGGGCUCGGAGCCCCCCCAGCCCAAGCCUACCCUCUGGUGUCUGCACAGCCUUUAUAAAGGGAGAGAGCACGCUCCAAAGCAAUAACAACAUCCUGGGGGUGGUCACCGAGGGCCCCCCUCAGUGACUUUCUUGUUUGUUCUGUGAAAUCUCAGUUCACCUCCUGGUGGGGUGGGGUGGGGGCUGGAGCCCUGUUUCUUCGUAUCAUUGUUGUGAGCACGUGCCCCGCUUCCAAGGGGGCUCUGACCAUUUGGUGCGGAACCACUGUCUGUCCUCACCAAGAGAUGGGGAUUUGGGGAGGGGGUGACUAUUCUCAGUAUUAGCUUUGGGGAACCUUCAAGGCCAGCCUGUCCCUACUGCUGUCUGAUCCUUGCCAGCUCAAGCUCCUUCUGGAGAGGAGCAGAGAGGUGGAAUUGUGGGAUUUGGGAGUGGGAGGCUAGGGUUUAUAGAGGGGCUGAUUCUUUUUUCAAUCUCUGGGCCAAAAGUCACAUGCAGGGGUACUGUGGGAGGGAGUCUUCUCCACUUCCCUUCUCCAGAGUCCACUUUCCAUACAGCUGGGAACAGACCUUUGGGACCAUUGAUGAAGUCCAUUUCACUGAUGAAGACUGAGGCCUGGCGAGGGGAACGCUCGCCUCUGGGGUCACCUGUGAGUUCGGUGGCGCCUCCAUCCUGGCCUCCUCCCACCCGAGGCUGAGCUGGAACCAGAGCAGGCCCAGGUGGGGCCACUGUUGCCCGUGACACUUCUUCCUCCCUUCUCUUCGUAGAGCCUCCCAGAAAAGAUGGGAAGAGCAAAUUGUAGCCCAUCUGAGAGGGGAGGAAACUAAGGCCCAGAGUCAGGAAGUGACUUGCCCAAGACCCCUCAGCAGAUGCGCGAUGGGGCUCUGUUGUGCUUCCCUCCAUGGGACCGGAAGCCACUGCCCAGGCAUGUCUGCCAUGAUAAGCAUUUGUGGCCUUUCAGCCCUGGGCCACGGGGCCCUGCUUGGUUCCAUCUCUGCGGACCCCGGUUUGGCGGAGAGAGUUACCGUAGAGCCCUAGCUGCCCUGGGGUCUGGCCCAGCGGACUGAGGGUGCCCAGGAUUGGUCCAGACCUCGGUGUCUGGGUAGGGGUUCCUGCUGAGGGUGGGUCAGAACCCCUGUAGGACCAACCUGAGGGAGGUAAGUGCCGGU